UCGGCGGGUCGGCGGCCAUGGAGCGCGGCGCGCCGCACACGACGUGCUUCUCGAUUGAUAGUCUGCUGGGCAGGCCGCCGCGGGCGGCAGAGACGGGCGCGGACCGUCCGGCCGCCUGCGCCGCUGACGCCAGCGACGAUCACCAGCCCCAGCAGCACCAGCAGAACCAGCACCAGCAGAACCAGCGGCAGCAGGCGGCGGCAGAGGCGGAGGCGGACGGCGGCGGCACCGACUGCGUGUCCACCUCGGUCCAGGACUGCGACCAACGCGAGAGCCGACACGCAGAUGACGGCUGUUCAGCGGACGAGCGGAAGAAGCGGCCCCGGACGGCGUUCACGGCGUCCCAGAUCAAAUCCCUGGAGACCGAGUUUGAGAAAAACAAAUACCUGAGCGUCAGUAAGCGGACGCAGCUCUCCAAGCAGCUCAGUCUGACCGAGACUCAGAUAAAGAUAUGGUUCCAAAACCGCCGCACCAAGUGGAAGCGAAAGCACACCAACGAACUAGAGAUGUUGGCCCAGCAGUACUACGCGCACCUGGGGCUGUACGCGCCGCGGCCGGUGCACCCCGCCGACCGGCUCUGGCUGGUGUCCCAGGGGCUGCACCCGCCGGUGCCGCCGCCGCCGGCCGGAGGUCUGCUGCCGUCCAUCUACUCGGCCGCCGCCGGCCGCCUGCUGCCGCCACCGCUACCGCUCUCCGCCCCCGCGGCCCGGCUGACCCCGCCGACCAGCUCAGCGCUGGAGGAGGCGCUCCGCCGCGGCCUCACCCGACUCUACUCCCAGCCAAACCCCCACUCACCGCCCGCCGCGCGAGCCUCCCCGCCGCUGCUGUCCUUGCGCAAUAUGAUAGAUGGCGCCACCGCCGGCCACAUAGGUGGCGCUGCGGUGUCCGCAAUAGAUGACGCUGCAAUAGACCAGCCGGACGACGGCUCGCAGGACGAAAUUGACGUGGUCGAUGCCGAUAUGUUGUAGUAGCCGGGCAGCGUGGCCCGAGGUAGCCUGUACCAAUUGGUCAGUUGGUAGCCUGAGACUGGAGCGCUGAAAAGUCAGCCUUAACGCCGGUCGACACUUGGACCGAGUCUGCCGUCGGAGCCGCCUGCGCGCGAUACUUGUGCCGUGCGUGGCGAAACCGAUGAACGAAAUGUCGAGCACGUCUAGAAAGUGUACAAAAAGCAGCUAAUCGUAGGUAUAGAAAUGAAGUGAGUCGCCUACUGGGCCU